ACACGUGUGCCUUGACGCACCAUAACAUCGCCGGGACCGUAAACUUAUACAGUGACUCGACCAUGUACUUCUAUGUGAAUAUGUGAUCCUAUCGUGUAAAAAGCGCGAAUUUCAGUGACCAGUGCUUAUUAAUUCAUAAAGAUAUUAUUCAUAGGCUUCAAAUUUAUGCGGUUCUAUUGAAAGCAACUUUGUACAAGUUACCAAAGAUAUCGCCAAAUAUAUAAAUACGUAAUACAUAGUUAGAGAUAUCAUAAAAAUGCCAGAGAUAGGGCCGAUGAUGCGCGCUCUAGAGCUGCAGAGGCUGAUAGAGGACAAAGUGGCCGAAUGGCGCGAAAGGUCAGCCAGGGUCGCGGGAGCAACAGUAGCCGACGCUUAUCAACAGCCACUCAACUUCAAACGACAUACAUAUAGACGUAAGAACAACGCUGAAAUAAACAGAAUUAUCGCAAAGUACUCGAAGCCCACUAAGAGAGCGGACGAACCCUAUUCGGUAGUGCGCCACUCGCCUGACACUUCCCCAAAACGACCACCGAGAGCAAAAAAGUUAACAAAUCUGAAAGUGCUAUCUAAAAGUGAGGACAAUCUAACAAGCAUCGGCGAGAUGGAGGUUGAAGCAGACCCAAAACAGGAACCCAAAACAUACUUCACAUUAUCCAAGUAUAACACCAAAAGCUGCGAGGAUGUCACGGCGUUUGUCGAUAUCCACCACAAUAUGAAAAGUAAAAAUUUUGAACCAAACAGUAUAUUAAAUGCGAAAACAGUCGCUCCAGUCAUACCAAAUAGAAGACCCAAACUCCACAGUAUCUGCGAAGGCGUUACGGACAUUUCAGAGUUCUCAGACAGUGGCUUAGAGUGUGGUGAUACAUCCUUUACAACUUCAACACCUUUAUCGAAAAGAAAAACCUGCCCCCCUACUGGAUCUGUUUCAACGUUAAAUUUUGAAAAGGUUACUAAGAAAUCAAAUAGUGUUAGUGAUUUAAGAAAAGGUGUUUCAGAACCAAAUAUCCUUAGUGUGGACACUAGUGAAAGUGGAAGUUCAAAGACUAUUGAUUUUAGAAAGCGGUGGAAAAUGUUAAAGCCCCCGUUCAAAAAAGGGGCUUUCGAUUGUUUGUUAUUGUGGCGUGGGAAGAAACAAAACUCGACGACAGAAAACAACAGCCGGAGAAUACAAGAAGUAGAUGACAGUUUCUUUGAAAAGUUCGGCUCAAUACUCAAGCAGGCUUCUCAGAAGGCUGCAUUAGAGGAAUCUACACCACUAGCACCCUUGAAGGAGGCUGAAGAGAACGAUGGUGAACAAAAAGUUGAGGCCGAUCUACAAGCAGAGAGUAGGAGCAUCUUACGCGAUUCAGACAGUGGGAAUGAGACUUUACUCGACACAGAUUCUGAACCAGAUGAGCACGAUAAAAUAGAUCGUUAUGUGGAGGCUGUCGGCUGGAACGUCGAUGAACUUUAUUUGGAAGUACUUUACGAGAUAUUACACAAUGUCGGGGGAUGUGACGUAGGCUGCGAGGUGGGGCAGCUCGCGAUGCUGUCCUACAUACAAGAAGCUUUUAAGAUAGCUAAUGAUAAGCAUACAGAACUACUCACACAAGCUGAAGCGAAGGAACCACCGGAGCUGAUGCUUAACGUAGAAGUUGUUGAGGCCAAAGACCUGGUUCCCAAAGACCCUAAUGGUCUGAGUGACCCCUUCGUCACGAUAUAUCUGAUGUCCAACCCUACGCACAGGUAUAACACAUCAGUCAAGUCUGGAACUCUCAACCCUUCAUGGGAGGAACAUUUUUCUUUACCUAUGCCGGGAAGUGUUCAAGAAGAUUCCCUAGUACUGGAAGUGUGGGACUUUGACCCUGCGGAGACGGUGAAAGAGAAAAUGACGAAGAUAUUUGAAGUGAAAGGAGUGAAGGGACUCAGAAAGCUUAUGAAGGAGAUAGCUAUUACUGCUUCUACGGGGAAACAUGAUAAUGAACUCAUUGGCACUUCUAAUAUACCUUUGAAAUCAAUUCCCGCGGGAGGCAUGACAAUGUGGUUCAGUCUUAGCAAGAAAAGCAAACUAAAGCGUCAGGGCGUGGUCAAAGUGCGACUCAACUUCUCUUCGGAGAAGAACUCGCAAGUAGCUGCUCAGGAACAUAGACAUCUUCUCAGGAUCAUACUUCUACACGAGCUCGAAAACUCUAAGGUGGCCCCAUAUUGGUGGUGCGGCAACUACAGCGCGGCGGGCGAGGCGAUCCUGACGCAGCACGCGGCGCAGAGCGGGCUCAGCGCCGCCGACAACUGCCUCGCGCAGUGGGCCGUCUACUGCGCCGUCACCGCCGACCAUCCGCUCAGCUUCGCGCUCUUCAACACCUUGCUCGAUAAGAUCUCUAAACCGUUGCAGUCGGGUCUAGUAAAUGAAGAGGACGUCAAGCUAUUUUGGGACGGCGCGAGGAAACUCCUACCAACAUGCUACAGUCACAUUAGGAAACUAAGGAAAAAGACUGCUGGCGACAAAACCGUCAUGAAAACACUUCGAGAAGUUCUUAAGAUCCUGUACAAGUUGUCCACUUUGGAUGUUCCUGAGACUUUAGACUUAUUCCCUACGAAUCUGUAUGGGUGGUUGAGAGAUGAUAAAGGGAAGCUUACUAUUCACAUGGUGUUAGAACAGGCUGUAAUACAGGGUGCUUCGGAUUGGUUCGUCCACAUUUUGGAUAACAAUGAAUGUAAGGAUAACACGGAGGAUACAAGACUGCAACAUUUGAUCAGGGUCAUACAGUUGGUCCGGUCAGAUCUGCAGCGAGCGGUCGAAUAUUACGACAGAGUGUUUGUUGAGGUAAUGAGUUUCCCGUAUUCGAAAAUUUUGUAUGGGUUGUAUGAGAGCAAGAUUGCAUCACUAGUGGAGUCUGAAGUCAUUGAUGUUUGUAAGAGUCUAAAGAGGUUGCGGUACAGUGAAGGUUCGACUACCACAUUGGCUGGAGGUCUCAAUGGAGAAACAGGAUUGGGGUCUUCAUCCGUCGGGGCUGAACCUCUAACUAUGGGCACAACACUAUUCGAGUUAUAUCUUACACUACAAAGGUUUUUGACAUUAGGCCAAGGGCUGAACGAGACAGACUGGCAAUCAUACGCCAUAUCUAAAUUCCACUCGUGGUUCUUCGGCGGCGUGGCGCAGUGGCUCGACAUCGCGGCCUACAAGGCACUCACGCGCAUUGAGAAAGCCGUUGAUCUUGAUCAUUUGGUCCCCGUCGAUACUAAUGUCAAGUACAGCAGUUCUGGAGUUGAUACUUUAGCUAUAUUCUACCAGAUCAAGAUUUUCUGGCAGCAGUUGGCUUGGCCUGAUGUUGAAGGCUGUUAUACUUUUGUGGCCAAAAUUAUUGAUGACAUAUGCCGCUGCUGUGUCUUCUACUCGGACAAGAUGGCGGGUCGCGUGGACAACGUGGGCCACGUGUCCAACGUGUUCGAGGAACGCUUCGAGGUCACCACCGAGUGGUGCGUCGCCAUCAACAACAUCGACUAUGUACGACAGAGUCUUACGCCCUUCGUACAGGAGUUAGGCAUGGAUGAGAUUAUACAGAAGAUGUGUGAAGCUAGAUCGCCUAUGGAAGCACAGAGGUGUAAGGAGACCCUACAAAACGUCAUCGCCAAUGCAAUAGAUACAGUAAGAAAUAAAAUCGUGGAUCUUCUAGAAGUUAUGGUUAAAAAAAUGAUGCCAUCAAUCACCCGUUUCUUAAUAGAAGGAGCGGAAUUAUUACAUCAAGACUGUUCGAGUAUGGAUCGCGUCAUGCGCUACUUAGAAGCUAAUCUAGACACACUGUUCCAACACUUGAACAACGAAAACUUUUCUAGAACUCUCGAUAUCGUAUGGGAACAACUCGGAGAAGUGCUAUACGAACUCAUUCAAGCUAACCUAGAGCACCGAAGGGCAAAGAUAACUCGGUAUAUCGACCCGCGCCGCUUGAGCAAAUCCGCCGCCGCCAGCCUCGACGCGAAACGCCGUCCUCCAUCAUUCUUCUCAAAUCUGCACGAGUGUCUUAUAAUAAUGAUACGGUCGUUCAGGCAAGAUAAUAAGGAGACAUAUACCUCGGAGACAUUAAAACGCGUGGAGUAUUUACUGAAACUCCAUGGUAUGGAGACCAGGGAACUGAUCCACCAGUUCCACUUGGAAAGGUGGCAGGAACAACAGACUAUACAGGAACCUAAGAUGGGAAUGUUGACUGUGAGAGCGCAGUUUAUUGAGGACAAUUUGAAAAUUGAAAUUAUGAAUGCCAGGAAUUUGACGCCUGCUGAUAGUAAUGGUUUAUGUGAUUCUUACGUCCGAGUGGCGUUAUUACCGGAAGAUUCGUUCGUGAACGUGCAGAAGCCAAAGACACAAACGCAUAACAAGAACCUCUUCCCCCUGUAUGAUGAAAUGUUUCUCAUUCCCCUAACACCGGAGCAGCGUCGCUUACCCGACGCGUUGAUCCACCUGGUGAUCAAAGACAAGGACAUGUUCAGCGUGAGCAACACGUUCGUGGGCGAGGCCUACCUGCACUUCAGCGAGCUGCCCGACACCAACGCGCCCAUAUCCAGCCUGCCGCAGCAGCUGCUGCCGCUGUCCAGGCCUACUUCUAUAGACGGUGAGGCUAUCAAAGCGCUAGAAACGCGUCAAGGCGACAAACAAGCUCGAGAAUUCAUCAAGAAGCAACGAGCUAAGUUCCCGAGCACAAAGCAGUUCUUCUCACUCGGCUAAGAAUGUAAUACUUACUUAGGAAUUAAUAAAGGAUACUUAUAUCUGAGUUGUAUAUAGCCGAAUUAUAUUUAAAUAUAAAAAAAUCUCAUUAAAAUCUUCACUUAUUUAUUUGACCCGUAGAACCAAUCCGACAUUUCGACGAGGAUAUAUUUGCAAAUAAAUUAUCAGUGUCCAUUAUUUCCAAGUUAUUUAAUAGCAAUAUCUACUUUAUUUAAAUCAUUAUUCCACUCAAGAAUAUUAUGCACAAUUCCGCAUUUUGUAUGCGCUAUGCCAUGUCAGGUCAUCAAUAUUAAUGCAAAACUUGAUUCCAAUGGUAAAUAAUAUGAAUAACUGCUAUAUACGGCUCAGGUAUUUCCUAGACUGUAUAUAAUGCUUGCUCUUGUAAUACAUAGAAGCUCUAGGCUAUGGUAUGAAGCUCCGAUAUAUUGGGCCUUUUGCAACACUGCUCACUAAAUAUGUACUUAUAUGUAUUUACCGAUAAAUAUAAAUUAUUUAGUGAGCAUCGAUGUGGCCGAGAGCAUUUUUACUUAGUGAUAUUUAAAAAUCUAAACUGGUGGAAAUUAUUUCUGGUUUUAAUCAUGAAACUGCAGAAAUUGUACUUUGUUGACACACACAUUUUAUUAAAUAAAAUACUCUUAUUUUUCAGUAAACUCGUAACUAUUAUAUUUAAACCUGCCAAUUAAUGUUAUAUAAGAUAUGUGUGUAUGGUUAAUGUAAUUUAGCUGUUGUAUGCAUUAUUCUGUUGUCUGUUGAUAUAUAUUUCAUUUAUGAGCAGAUACUUAAGCAAUUUGAAAAGCCCUUUGUAUACGUAAACACAAAUGUUAUAUAAUAUAUCAAACAUGUAUUUAUCGGUAUAAUUUCAAAUCGGACAUACUUUCAUAUAGAACAUACUACGUAAAACAAUUGUGAAUUAAAGUAUGAAAACUGUGAUUGUAAGCCCAGGAUACGCAUGAAAACAAUUCGAGAACUUGUCUAACAUAAAUCCUAAUCAAAAUUUUACAUCUAGCGAUGAAAUUGUGUAGUUCACCGAAACGUGACACUUAAAUAGCUCGUGUGUGUAACCCUUAAUAUUCGUGACUCACGGAAUUUGAAUCUCAAGGGUUUGCGGCACCGCUUAGGGACAAUAAAUUAUCAUAAUCAUCCAUUUUCCUAGUGGUAGCUUUACUACCAUUUCUUAGAUCUCAUCAACAUCUUUAUAGUGUCCUAGCUUUAUACUCGUCAACAGUAAUUUAUUGUUUCUACAAACUCGCUAAGUGAUUUUGAAUGCAUAAUUUAAGCAUAAUUAAAAUCUGUACGAGUUAUGUUUUGGCACGUAAGUAUACAAGAUUCUAAUUAGUUGUCUCUAUAACUAUUAGGAAUCUCUUAAUGAAAUUCGUUACAAGGUAUACAAUGACCAAUGUUUUAGUAUAAUUAAUAAUUUAUCCAGCAAUUUAAAAUGCAAUACAUUUCAUACUUUUCUAUGAAAAGUUGGUCAUUGUGUACUAUUGAUGUAAAUGAUUUUCCCUUGUUUGUGAAGUAGAGGAGUAAUAAGUAGAUAAGUACAUGUGAAGUGUGUAUAGGUACUUUUUAUACAUAUAAAUAAUAUUACAUACAUGUACGUGUGUAGAAAAUUUGUAGACGGUGUAUUCUGUGAUAAAGAGAAGUGCCUUAUUUUUUAUUGAGUCUUUGAAUAUUUAUUUAUAUGAAAUUGUGCCUUUAUUUUUGGUUAGAACCUGUAACUUCCCUUAUUUUUGGUAACAUUGAGUACAUUUUUAUUUUUAAUAUUCCUGAGAUAUAUUUGAGGCGUAAGUAAAGAAAUAUUCCGGUAUGUUUGUUUAUAUUUAUUUGCAAAUAAAAUAUUGGUUAAAAUUUAA